AUGCCGGUCAAACAGGCCAUUGAGCCUCCCCCAAAGCGGCAGCGUCUCGAUGAUGCUCAGCAUAAGCAAUCCCAGCCGCCAGAGAUAGAGAUCGGUCUCGGCCCCUUGUUAGCUCACAAUCUCAACGGUCGUCCAUGCAACCUUGACGGCGCCAAUCUGCACAGUUCUCCCAAUUCGGGUGGUGAUUGCGGCUCAUUCCAAUCGCCGGCGGCUGGCAGCUGGACGCAAGAUGGCUUCUCACAAGACCCGGACUUUCUGGCGUCCCAGGAAGAACUGCGAUGUUUCCUUUUUUCCCUGGCCAAUUCGGCGGUUCCGACCCGGGCAUCUAGCCCAGACGCGGCCGGAAGUGGGGAUUCCCUGGAACAAUUGGUUCAACCCCUACCCAAGGACAGUAGGGAUUCAUGGCAUGCCCCACUAUCUGAGGGGAGACAUAUUCAGUACCUCAAGAAUUAUGUUACUGAAGUGGCGCCAUGGAUCCCUGCUCUUGCUCAAGAAUUCCCGGCUCUUUCUUAUGCCAUACUUGCUCUCUCAGCAAGGCAGAUCGAACGUAAGAAUGGCGUUCGGAAUUGGUAUGAUAGUCUUGAAUUGUACCAGGAGGCGAUUCGGCGGUUGAGUCCACUUCUCCAGGUGCGCGACACGAAGGUUGUCGCAGCUUGCGUGCUUCUUUGCUGCCUGGAGAUGAUGUCGGCUCGGGCACAAGAUUGGCGCCGUCAUCUGGAGGGGUGCGCCGCGUUAUUCAGUGCGUUUGGUAUCCACGGCUUCAGCCAGGGGGUUUUACAGGCGAUUUUCUGGUGUUAUGCAAGGAUGGACCUCUGCGGUGCACUCAUUUCUGAUGGCACGCAAACUACACUCCUACAUCCUUGCAAGUGGUUGCCUCCAGGCUGUCAAGACGAGGAUGCAUAUCGACUUUUCCAGAGUGUCAAAUCUCCGGACAUGCACGCGAAUUACGCAGUCUAUCUGUGUAUGAAGGCGACACAACUUGUUUCGGAUCGCACAAAAUUCGUCGAGUUGGGCGAAGACAAUGGCUGUACUACCGAAGAGUUUCAGACCCGUUGGCUUUUGCUCUGGAACGGCCUCCAGUGCUGGCUGUCGGAGCGGCCAGACGAGUUGCUUCCAGUUCAGACUGUCAGCCGCAAGCCUUUCCCUCAUAUCUUGUUUGUCCACUGGGCUGCGAUAUCAUCAAAUCAACUUUAUCACACUGCAUGUAUAUUGCUGUUGAAAGUGCUGCCGAAGGGUGUACGGCUGCCGCGAUCACCGGCCCUCUUUCCGCUAUGGCAUGCACGCCGAAUCUGUGGUAUCUCGCUGGCCAAUCCACAUCAAGGAUGUCUGAACAAUUCAAUCCAGCCAUUGUGGAUUGCAGGUCAGCUCUUCAGUCACAGAUCGGAACACAAAGAGAUCAUCAAUCUGAUCCGAGGUAUCGAGGCUGAAACUGGCUGGGGAACAUGUUGGCGGAUCCGCGAUUUGGAAUCUGCUUGGGGCUGCCGAUAA